GCUGCCUCCGCCGCUGCAGGAUGGUGCAGAAGUCGCGCAACGGGGGCGUGUAUCCGGGCACCUCGGGCGAGAAGAAGGUGGGCUUCGUGGGGCUGGACCCCGGCGCCCCCGAGUCCUCCCGCGACGGGGCCCUGCUCAUCGCCGGCUCCGAGGGGGGCGGCGGCGGCGGGGGCGGCGGCGGCAAACGGGGCUCCAUCCUCAACAAACCCCGCUCGGCCGUCAGCGGGAAGCCGCCCAAGAGGAACGCUUUCUACCGCAAGCUCCAGAAUUUCCUCUACAACGUGCUGGAAAGGCCCCGCGGCUGGGCGUUCAUCUACCACGCUUACGUUUUUCUGCUGGUUUUCUCCUGCUUAGUCCUCUCUGUCUUUUCCACCAUCGACGAUUACGAAGAGAGUUCUGAAUGGGCCCUUUACAGUCUGGAAAUUGUCACUAUUGUGGUCUUCGGAGUAGAGUACUUUGUAAGAAUCUGGGCAGCUGGCUGCUGCUGUCGAUACCGAGGUUGGAGAGGAAGAUUAAAAUUUGCCCGCAAGCCAUUUUGUGUGAUCGACAUCAUGGUAUUAAUUGCCUCCAUCGCUGUGCUGGCCGCUGGGUCACAGGGGAACGUUUUCGCCACCUCCGCUCUCAGGAGUUUGCGCUUCCUGCAGAUUCUGCGCAUGAUUCGAAUGGACCGCAGAGGAGGCACCUGGAAGCUUCUGGGAUCGGUGGUAUAUGCCCAUAGCAAGGAGCUGAUCACCGCUUGGUAUAUUGGAUUCCUGUGCCUAAUUUUAGCCUCCUUCCUGGUAUACUUGGCUGAGAAAGGAGAAAACGAUCACUUCGAUACGUAUGCAGAUGCCCUGUGGUGGGGCCUGAUAACUCUGACCACCAUCGGCUACGGGGACAAGUAUCCACAAACCUGGAACGGGCGUCUCCUGGCAGCAACCUUCACUUUGAUUGGGGUUUCCUUUUUUGCUCUCCCAGCAGGAAUUCUAGGUUCUGGCUUCGCCUUGAAGGUUCAAGAGCAGCAUCGUCAGAAGCACUUUGAAAAAAGAAGAAACCCUGCAGCUGGCUUAAUUCAGGCUGCCUGGAGGUUCUAUGCAACUAACCUCACCCGAACCGAUUUGCACUCUACCUGGAAUUACUACGAACGGACCGUCACCGUUCCCAUGUACAGCUCACAACCACAAACCUAUGGUCCCUCCAGGCUCAUUCCACCUUUGAAUCAGCUCGAGCUCCUGAGAAAUCUGAAGAGCAAAUCAGGAUUAACUUUCAGGAAAGAACCACAGCCAGAAUCAUCUCCAAGUCAAGCCACUCGGUGCAGAAAAUCUUUUUGUGGAUGCUGCUCAGGAACCUCUAGUCAGAAGGUCAGCUUGAAAGAUCGUGUCUUCUCCAGCCCUCGAGGUGCAACCACGAAAAGUAAAAGUUCUCCUCAGGGGUCAAGCGUCCGAAGAUCCCCCAGUGCAGACCAGAGCGUGGAAGAUAGCCCAAGUAAAGUCCCCAAGAGCUGGAGUUUUGGAGACCAGACUCGGGCCCGGCAAGCUUUCCGCAUCAAAGGAGCCGCGUCCCGUCAGAAUUCAGAAGAAGCAAGCCUCCCUGGAGAAGACAUGCCUGAUCCUGACAACAAGAGCUGCAACUGUGAAUUUUUGACAGAAGACCUUACACCAGGCCUUAAAGCCAGCAUCCGGGCAGUGUGCAUCAUGCGGUUCCUGGUUUCCAAGCGAAAAUUCAAAGAGAGCUUGCGGCCGUACGAUGUGAUGGACGUCAUUGAACAGUAUUCAGCAGGACAUCUGGACAUGCUUUCCCGGAUCAAAAAUCUUCAGUCCAGGAUAGAUAUGAUUGUGGGUCCCCCACCCUCUUCAACUCCCCGGCAUAAGAAGUAUUCAGCCAAAGGAUCACCCCAAUACUCACCUAGAGUUGACCAGAUCGUGGGGCGUGGACCAUCACUGACAGACAAAGACCGCACCAAAGGCUCGGCCGAAGGAGAAAUGCCAGAAGAUCCGAGUAUGAUGGGCAGACUUGGCAAAGUAGAAAAACAGGUUCUCUCCAUGGAGAAGAAGUUGGACUUCCUGGUCAACAUCUACAUGCAACGGAUGGGCAUCCCUCCUACCGAAACGGAGGCCUAUUUUGGUUCCAAAGAGCCUGAGCCAGCACCUCCUUAUCACAGUCCAGAGGAUAGCCGGGAACACAUCGAUAAGAACGGCUGCAUUAUCAAGAUCAUCCGCUCGACCAGUUCCAUGGGGCAGAAGAAUUACUCUGCCCCACCAGCCACAACGAUGCCAAACAACUCAUGUCCACCCUCCACCUCUUGGCAACACUAUCCCCGUCCAAGCCACGGGUUGUCCCCCGUUGGCGAUCCCGGUUCCUUGGUGAGAAUCCCGCCGCCGCCUUCCCACGAGCGUUCCCUGUCGGCCUACAACGGCGGCAACCGAGCCAAUUCCGAGUACGCCAAGAACGAAGACCUCACUGCUAAACACCCCGAAAGUGCCAUGAGAGAUAGUGACACUUCUAUUUCCAUCCCAUCCGUAGACCACGAGGAACUGGAACGUUCCUUCAGCGGCUUUAGCAUUUCCCAGUCCAAAGAAAAUUUGGACAUCCUUAACAAUGGUUGCUACACCGCGGUGGCCAAAAUCAGACCUUACAUUGCGGAAGGCGAGUCAGACACAGAUUCUGACCUCUGCACACCUUGCGGCCCUCCGCCGAGAUCAGCGACAGGUGAGGGACCUUUCGGUGAUCUAGGCUGGUCAACCCCAAGACAGUGAAACCACGGGAAGCCACCUGAAGAUCACGUCAAGAAUAUGAGUCAAUCGCCGGUCUGCGUAUAGCACCUCUUCAGCAGACUGGAAGGUCAUGUCUUGGGACCCAGAAGUAGGGGGUACUUAAUCAUAGUUUACCUUGGGGGUGGGGGAACAGAUGUGGUACCUGUGACCUACAUUGAACAAGAGAGUCCCGGAAGGCGUAACUCGAAGUCUUGAGAUGUCCGUUGUUUCAUCUUCCUUGACUUUCUAAAAUUGGAUAAGUUGAAAUUCUUCUCACGCCCUUGGGUAGAUAGCUACAAGUCGUGGUUAGCCAUCUCUACUACACAGGCAUUGUGUCAGAGCUUGGUUGGGUCUUAUUCAGUUUCGAAUAAGAAGCCGUUACGGCUCCUGAGCUUUUGAAUCGCACGCAAAAACUACGCUGGUGUUUUAAAACAAAUAAUGCCUUGGGAGAGGAAAUAAUAUAUCUAUCAAAAGUGUCGAGGAACGAUAGCUUAAUAAUAAUUACACACAGCAGUUAAAACAGUGGAGAUUUAAAACGGUUCAUGUCCAAACGGCACGUCCGUAAAUUCUUAGUCACAAACAGGAAAAACCGCGUUGAAGCUUUAGAUCAGGAUUUAGGACCAUAAUUUGAAAGGGAAGUGUUUGAAUUAGAAAAAAAAAAAGACAGCAAAAUCUCAAGAGAACAUAGAAUCACAGGGCUCCAAGGGACCUCAGAGGUCUUCUAGUCCAACCCCCUGCUGAAGGCAGGAGACUUUAUAUCAUCUCGGUCAAAUGCUUGUCCAGUCUAUUUUUUUGAAGCAAGGCUGCUUUCAUUUGAGUUUGAUUUUGGUUGUUAAAUAAAAUAUUUGGAGGAUA